AUGGCAGAUACGAAGCCAUCUUUACCGCGCCGAUCAUCCUCACUGCACAAAGCCCUGAUCCACAAGCUUCGGCCUCUGCCUUUUCAAUAUGUCUGGUCUGUCUGGCACUCAAAGCCGGACCAGGAUGAGGAAUACCGAUUGACUUUGUUGAUCGACCAUGUCGCCGACAUCGCCGCCUUUUACCGCAUCUUCAACAACAUGCCGUGGACCCAGCUCAGGCAAAACGAUUGCAUUCAUAUCUUCCGUUCUGGUGUGAAACCAGCCUGGGAAGACAAAGAAAAUCGUGAUGGAGGGCGUUGGUUGAUCAGGAUAAGACCAGAAACGGGAAGAGCCGUGAAACUGUGGGAGGAAGUCUGCAUCCUAUGCUGUGGUGGGGAGCUGCAGGCUGCUAUAACUCAGGGUAAGCAGGCCUGCAACAGCGAGUUGUAA